CCAGCAGCUACCAAGGGAAAGGGAAAAAAGAAAGUAACUGUUGCUAGACGUUCAGUCAGAGCACUUAAAGCGACAGCAUGCAAUUAAAAAAGCAAAGAAAAGGAAAAUAUCCUCAGAAAGUGCCACACAGUCUGGAAAUACUUAUCAAUGGCCAGCAAUGUCUCCACCUGACUCAUAUACACCUGAUAUAAUUACAUGUAACGGCACAUCCUUAGGCCUUCACUUACCAACUUCUGUUAAGGAAAAAAUAUUCAGAGGGGAAUAUGUAGAUAUACUAUCUCUUUUACCUUCCGCUAAAGAGUUUGUCAGGCGUAAGGGUGAUCUUGGAGAGGACAGAAGAAGACCAGUGGCCAGAACCUUUUCAAACUGGCUGCAGGCCUUCUGCAUUUUCUCCAAUUUGUUAUCUUACAAUAAUCCACAACGAGCCCCACAAUUGUUUAAGCACAUUGACAUAGUGCUAGAAGCUUAUAAAAGCUUUGGUGGCCUGGGUUGGUUCAUUUAUGAGGAGAAGUUCAGACAAAAAAUGGCAGUACAUAAAGACUUAGAAUGGGGUACAAAAGACAUUGAUUUAUGGCUAGGAAUGAUGUCUUACAGAGUCCAGAACCCCACCCCGGUCACUGUCCAGAAGCAAGCAGGCACUAAGCCUAAUACGUGCUGGGCAUUUAACAAAUCACUCUGUAAGUGGCAGGGAAAUUGCAGGUACAAGCAUGAAUGCUCUGUUUUUGGCAGCAAUCACCCGGCCUUUCGGUGCCUUAAAACAUUCAUGUCUAACUCCCACACUAAAGGUUCUGGAAAGGAGCAAUUUCCAAAAAGCGACCACUCCAGUGAAGCUAACAAACAUGGAGCCUUAUUUAAAACUGUACCCAAGCCAGGAGAAGGCAGCAUUAGUUAGAUUUGGUUUUAGUCAAGGUUUUUGGAUUCCCCAUUCUGAAGAUUCAGGCCCCCAUCCAAUUUUUGAUAACCUAAAAUCCGUUAACUAUGAUCUAGAUAUAGUGAGAGCUAAAAUUUGCAAAGAGCUUCAUUUAGGGAGAGUGGAAGGCCUUUUUUUAAAAAAGUACCAUUGGAAGGUUUUAGGGUAUCACCAUUAGGAUUAAUCCCUAAAAAGGAAAAAGGUCAAAUUAGACUUAUUCAUCACCUUUCGUAUCCAAAAGGUGAAUCUAUAAAUGAUGGUAUAGACCCGAUAUUAUGUUCAGUUAAAUACGCAUCUUUUGACAAAGCACUGCCAUUGCUAAACCAGUGUGGUAAAGGGGCUAUGCUAGCUAAAAGUGACAUCCAGUCAGCUUUCAGACUAUUACCCAUCCAUCCUAAUUGCUUCAAAUUAUUAGGUUUUCAUUUUGAGGGUCAAUAUUACUUUGAUAAAUGCCUUCCUAUGGGUUAUUUUGAACUUUUUGCAUCAUUUUUGGAAUGGACAGUUACUGUGGAAGCAGGUUCUAAGCUGUUACUUCACUAUCUAGAUGAUUUUCUUUUUGUAGGUCCAGCUAACUCAAAAGUAUGUGCCGCUAUCCUGGAACAUUUUACUUGGUUAUGUAACAAAUUUGGUAUCCCCUUAGCAGAGGAAAAAACUGUCUCCCCAUGCAAUGUGAUUCAAUUUCUAGGCAUAGAAAUUGAUUCUCAAAAAAUGGAAUUUAGAUUACCAGAAGAAAAACUCAAAAAGCUGAGGAAGUUGGUUCUGUUUGGGUUGCAAUGUAAGAAAAUCAAACUGAGGCAACUUCAGUCCCUCAUUGGCCACCUAAAUUUUGCAACCAAGGUAAUCCCAGUAGGAAGAGUCUUUAAUAGGAGGCUGUCGGCUUUAACUGCAGGGGUUGAUAACCCCGAAUGGCAUUUAAGAAUCCCAAAGUCCAUAAAAGAAGAUUUGGCCAUUUGGAAUGACUUUCUCUCUACUUACAAUGGAAAGUCAGUUUGGCAAUCAGAUUUCAAGGACAAUGAAGCUAUUAAUUUAUUUACGGAUGCUGCAGCUUCUUGUGGUUAUGGAGCAUUCCUCCGGGGUCAGUGGAGCGCACAGAGAUGGCCUGAACAAUGGAAGGGUACAGAGUUGCUCAAGAACUUAGUAUUUCUAGAGUUUUUCCCUAUUGUAGUAGCAAUUGAAUUAUGGGGUGAACAGCUAGCAAAUAAAAGAAUCAUCCUCAACUGCGAUAACCAGGGAGUGGUACACGUGAUUAAUAAUUUAAGUACUAGUUCCCCACCAGUCUGGAAACUGUUACGAUAUUCUGUAUUGAGAACCCUUAAAUUGAACAUUUGGUUCAAGGCAAAACAUUUAUCAGGUUAUACUAACAAAACUGCGGAUGCUAUCUCCCGAUUGCAGAUAGAGGUUUUUCGGUGUUUACAAGAGCAAGCAGAUCCCCUGAAUACUCCUUGCCCUCAGCACAUCUGGAACAUCGUCUGGAUGAUGUAAUGGAAUUGGUGUGUGCCUCAUUAGCUAAAAAAACAUGGGCGUCUUAUUGCGCCGCAUGGAGAGAAUGGGAACAAUUUCAGACCAAUCACCCCAUUGAUGUGGUAGCAGUUGAAUUACUAGCUAAAUUUGUUUUAAACUUAUACAGAGCAGAGCAAACUGUGGCUAGUAUUAGGAGAAAGCUUAUGGGUAUUGCAUCUUUUCUUAAAUUGAAGGGACAAGAAGACUUCACAAAAGCACACCUUAUCAGGCAAAUGAUAAAAGGUAUGGGCAGAAAGAAACAAACAUUAGACCAAAGAAAACCCAUAACUUUAGAUCUCCUUGAAAAAUUCUUACACUCUUUACAAGUUGUAUGUUUUAAUGAUUAUGAAGUUAAGCUGUUUCAGUGCCUAUUUUCCAUUACAUACUUUGGAGCGUUCAGGAUCAGUGAGAUUGUUGCAUCCAGCAAGACGGCAGUUAAUGGGCUACACACAAAUGAAAUUUCCCUGUUCAAGCAUAGGCUUAAAAUAAUUCUCAGAAAGUCUAAAACUGACCAAUUAGGUAAGGGAAAUAUUAUUUGGCUGGGUCCCAUUCAGAAAAUUUUCCUAUGCCCAUUGCACAAUUAUCAGAAAUUUAUGGCAAUCCGGUCUAAUACAGGAAUCCAAUUUUUCAUUCACCAAGACGGACUUCCUGUGACAAGGUUUCAGUUUACCAGGGUCUUUUCAAAAUGUCUCAAGGCAUUGGGUAUUCAGGACAAAAAUUACAGCUCCCAUUCAUUUAGAAUCGGAGCAGCGACCCAAGCAACCUUACUGGGUUUUAGCGAGAAGAAGAUAAAAAAGCUGGGUCGAUGGCAAUCGCACCGUCUUAGGUCAUACGUUAGGCCGUCUUUCAUUAAUACAGUGCCUAAUUAAUUUCUGUUUACACAGAUCCGGAAUUGAAGAUCGUCUGGAUUAUAGGAGACUCAUAUCUCAUGGGCUCGGAAAAGAGAGCUGUUUCAAGGCCAUAUGGACUUAAUUUAGAUUUCAAUAAGGAUUCUGUCAGGAUAAUUUGGAAAAGGAGUUGGAGACCAGACGGCACACCAGGACCAACUCUUCAGCAGAUACUUCAGACAGUAUACGAAUCAGAACAUCAUCUGGGAAGUUCUCCAUUUAACUGAAUUAUGUUAGAAAACAUUAAGAAAGGUACAAUAUUUUUGCAUAUAAAUUUGUUGUUCAUUGUUUUUUUAUAUAGUUACCAUCUAAAAGAAGUUUACCAGUCUACCAUAGCUUCACAAACCAACCAUGGCCAUGGAA